ACCAAUCAGAGCCCAACAAUGGGGUGGGCGCAAGGGAUCUUGGAAGGGAGAAGACGUUAGUCCUACCCCAUCACCUUUCGUAAAGACCAAUCAGCAGUGUGCUGGGCGGGCACACACGCAGGGAAAGGGAGGGAUUUCAUUAUCGCCCCACCCCACUCUAGCUGAGGCCCCAAUCAGCACAGAGCAAAGGCGUGAGCGAAGGGAAGGCGGGAGAUACCUACUGGCCCCGCCCCAUUUCCUCUCCGAUGACCAAUCAGCGACGCGAGGGCGUGCACGAAUGCUGCGGAGGGACGACAGCGAGCUUCUGUUGCCAGAGCAACGGUCCGAGCAGUCACCCGGAAGCCGUGGAGCCUGCCGACGGUCCCGAAGUCUUCAAGUUUCUCGGGUGAGAAAAUUGAGGCCCAGAGAAGGAAACAUGUCUGAAGUCAGGAAGCAGUUUGGUCACUGCUGAACUCCAAAGGCUUCCUUCCUGGGGUCUUCUGACAUUUCUCCUCUCGUCUCCACGGAGCCAUGGCUGAGGUCCAUGUAAUUGGGCAGAUCAUUGGGGCAACAGGUUUUUCUGAGAGCAGCCUCUUCUGCAAGUGGGGUGUCCAUAUAGGAGGAGCAUGGAAGCUGCUGUCAGGCGUUCGGGAGGGCCAGACACAAGUGGACACCCCUCAGCUGGGCAGCAUGGCCUACUGGUCUCACCCAAUUGACUUGCAUUUUGCCACCAAAGGCCUGCAGGGCUGGCCUCGGCUCCACCUGCAAGUCUGGUCUCAGGACAUCUUUGGGCGCUGCCAGUUGUCCGGCUAUGGCUUCUUGCACAUCCCCAGCAGCCCUGGGGCCCACAGCCUUGACUGUGUGACGUGGCGCCCCUUGGGUGGCUGGCGAGAGCAGCUGGCGAGGGCCUUCGUGGGUGGUGGGCCCCAGCUGCUCCACGGGGACGUAGUCUACUGCGGGGCUGACCGAUACCGGCUCCACACAGCAGCGGGGGGCACCGUGCACUUGGAGCUGGCACUGAUCCUGAGAAACUUCUCCCGCUAUGGCAUUGAGUGCUGAGUACCUCGGCCAGCUCCCAGCUCCUUACCCCUCCCCAAUUCCCUGUCUAACUGUCCUCCCCUCCCUU